AUAAAAUUUAACAUGUGUAAAAUUUAAAAUGCUAUUAUCCUUUUAUACGUGCGAAUUUUCUUAAAAACAAUUAUGAACUAACCUAAUCAGGGAUAUUGUACAACUGGAAAAUCAAAUGUGACCGACUCUGGUUCGUCUGCAAUGGGAACAAAUCAAGAAGGCACACAUUGUAACAAGAGUGCUGAUAGAAGAAGGGGUGUGGGAAAUGAUGACAGUCCUACCAGGAAGAAGGAUACUAAGAACGCACCACUGGCCAAGUCUGCGUCGAUGAGCAGUCUUAUCAUUUGGAAUAUCACUAAAGCACUAGAAUUAAACCCUUGUAUGGACCUUAAGGGUUCGAUUAGGGCAGCGAAGCAACGUCUGGACAGUGAAGCCCGGGACUUGAGCACCGUUAGUUCGCAGCACCCUGAACAGCAGCACUUGGUCUGCGCACUCCUCGCCUGGCAACAGCUCGGACACAACGAUGCAGACAGCCUCUACAGAUUUGUUGAACCUACGACUAUCGAAAUGAGCUGUGCAGAAAAAUGUGUCGAUAAAAAGAACCUUGGUGAAAAAUCAAAUGGUGGUAUACGUGAAUCACUGAAGUCAACAAAUAUACAUCGAGGUGCCGGUAUAAGAAAAGUCUUCGGUAUCAAGCCCUCAACUGCCGGGAGUUUUGGAUCGCACACAAGUGGCCCAGUGGUGAAGUUACCACAAGAGACAAAACUUGUUAUGCGAUUUGAAAAUCAAGGUUGCCAUCGACAGGUAUCAAAGAAUUCACCAAAACGACCUGAAAAAGAUACAAUGAGCAAAAUUGACGCGGCUUGUUGUUUGGAUAGUGAGUGCGCCGAACGGUUAGCUGAGUUAGAUGCGGCGACUAAUGAGCUACGUGCCCGAGCUGGUCAGCUUGCUCAGCGGGAUGCAGAGAGAGUCCAGCUGCUGGAGCGCGCUGAAGCCGCAUGGAGAGAUCUCGAAUCAGGUUACCUGAAGCGACUGCAACUAGCUGAAGAAAGAGAAGAGGACAUCUCCAGACAAAUACAAAAAAUGAUGGAUGAAAGGAACGAAUUUAAGAUCAACUGUAAUAAACUAGUGACGGACUUGAAAGAAAGGGGUGAUAUUGUUGAGUCGAUGCGAGGAAAUUUGUCCAGUGUAGAGAAGGACAUAUGCGAAAAAGCUUGCAUGAAGUUGAAACUCAGUGAGGAGGCAGCAAAAGGCGAAGCUGCCUUAGCGGAAGAACAGUGCAAAGCGGCGCAAUACGAACGAGACCUUUUGUUCAAAGAGGAACAAACUCGUCGCAAGCUAAUGACGAUGGAGAACGAAGUUGACUCUGCGCGUGCUUUAACCUGCGAAGCGGAGCGGGCGAUGCGUGCGGAGCUGAGCGCGCUGCGCGAGCAAAUAGCAGAGGUCUCUAAGGAGCUACUGCAAGUGGACGAGGCGAAUGUACGGGUUAAGGAAGAGAAUGAGCAACUACGUCAAGAGAAGAAGGAAAUGGUGGCAGAUUUAGAAGGAUGCAAGGUUCUGUGUGAGAAUAAAAUGAAGGGCCGCCUGAAUGACUUGGCUAAGAAGAAGGAGAAGUUAAAAGGAUUGAAGGAACAGGUAUUGGAAUGUCGAUGCCAGCUGCCGGUCAAUGAGACCGUCGAAGUAAAGCGCACGCCUUCACUAGCCGCCAUGUGCCAAUGCGCACCUGAAGAUAAGCUACUGGAAUCGUGUUCGUGCACGUCUUUGCGGGGCAGGUUAUUGUCCAACUUGUUGGCCGACCUGUUCGGAGGCUUGCAAGCCGAGCUGGGCGGCUCGGGGCCGCAGAUGCCAUGUCAACUGCUCAAGUGUCUUGAUGAUAAACAUAACUGGGAUCGAGCCAGUGCUGUCAAGACUAAUUUAAGAAAUUUCUUCUCGAAAUUAUUAAUGGGUGAACUUGAUAUUGCUAUAGCCACAUCUAUCGAAAAUUAUCAUGCAAAGUGGGUGGGUGAAUCAUGUGCUGACGUAGCGAAGUUGACACCGGGUCCCGAGGACGACGUGAGACAGGGUUGGGAGCAGAGAGCACUAGAAAAACGCGCCCAGAGGAUGGCAACGCAACUUGCUGAACAAUUGUUCCAAGAACGAGCUGAACAAUUGGCUCUGAAAGCCAAAGAAAUUGUUACGACAGGGCCACCGCCUUGUGAAUGUUCACCAUGUAAUCAUACAGAUGCUGCGGCCUUCCCAUGCUUGAUUCCACCGAACUCACCGUUUAAUCGUGGCAAUCUUGCCUCCAGUCGACAGACUGGUGAUACUACACCAGCCCUCUGGAAGCGCACCAUUCAGGAUGUAACCCAACUUAGACUUCAGAUAGAAGACCUAAAAAAGGACAGUAUAAAGAAAGAAGAUUUGAAACAAAUGGAAGAGAAAAUUUUCAAAAUAGUUAAAGAACCUUGGGUCAUGGAAAAUGAAGACUCCUCAUUAGUUUACAAUUUACCUGGAGAUACUACUAAAAAGGAGCCUCGAAAUAUAAAAAAUGGCCACACUAGGGAUGAUUCUCCAAGAAGCAUAAUUCCAAAUAAAGUAAAAAGGAAGAAUGUUGAUACAAAUAAUUUUUCAAGAAAAACAUCUAUUUAUGAAAAACCUACAAAACAAAGUAAAAAACAUCUUCAUGGCCAAUCUUAUGCAGUUAAUUUAUGUUUAUGCGGAUCACAAAAAAAUAGUAAACAAUUACAGAACUCCCAUUUAAGUAAUGAUGGAAAAUCUCAAACAUGGAAACAAAAAUCAUUUAAAGAAAUACUUCCUCAAACUUCUGUUGCCAAACACGUAAAACCGAUCAACGUAAACCUUCCUGCCCCUGAACUGAAAGAAAGCUCUAGAGAUACACCAGGACCCUGCGGUAAAGACUGCAAAUGUUUUCAUAACGUACCAUCCACUACUUCUAUAGAUAAACUUUUGGAUACUUUAGCCAAAUGGAAAUGCGAUUUGACAGAAACUGAAGACAUGAAAAAUAUUAAAAGCAGUUUAAGUGAAUAUUCUAAGACAGCCAUUAAGGAGUCGAUGCGUUUUAGUAACCAUAACGAUUCAAAAAUUAAUUUAUCGCUAUCAAAUGCAAGUGACAAAGAUCAAGUUACAGAAAGUGAUAUUCGUAAAGAAAUACAUGUAGAAACUCCCAAACAACAACAUCAAAAACAGAUAAGAGAGUCUAUUCUAAAUACUGAAUCAGAAUAUAUGGGAGCUGUUAAUUUAGAUAAAAGUAACGAAAAUUGCAAAUGUAUACCUAAUAUUGAACUUGUAUUAAACAAUAAUCUAGAAAAUACUUCAGAAAAUGCCGGAUUUAAAUGUAUAAAUACAACUGCUUGUGAAUGUAGAAUAUAUCAAGAAAUGCAAAAAGAUCAUAAAAGAUCUCAGACAGAUGAACCGUUCAAAGUACAAUUACAUGCCAAUCAGUGUCAAUUGGUUCAAACAAAAGAUAUUCCAGAAUUAAUGAAAAAGAACGUUUCAGAAACUUGCACACAGGUAAAAAGUCUAAACGACAUGAACCGAAAGUCAGACAUGAACGAUCUUCCACAAAAAACAGAAUUAUUCGCGAAUAAUUGUGAAUAUUACAUAAAAUUUUUGGGUGUAACCUUAGAUGACUUAAGUAAUAAGAAAAUGAAGAGGACUAUAAAAGACAAUCCUGAUGAUGUAUCAAAUUCCAAGGAUGUUGAACAUCGGCGAAGAGUAUCAAAUAUGCCAUCAAGUUUUGAACCAAAAUUAAAGGCGAAUUGCGAAGGAAAUAAUCAAACUGGGUGUAAUGAUGGCGCAAAGUGUGAAUGUAAUGCUAAACUUGAAGAAUUUAAAGGAUUUAUGGCUAACUUUUUCACACAUAAGGCAAACACUCGAAAUAAAGAUGAAGCCCUCGAUUCACAAAGUUUUAAAUCCAACGAUAAUAAAAUGGAAUCUUGCGUAUGUUGCAAUACUUACAAUAUGGAUGACUCUAAAGAAUUAGAAGUAAAUGCUUUCCAUUUAUUAGAGGACCAUCUAAAAGGGAAAUUAGAAGAAUUCAAAUCAUUUUCUUGUAAAUCUUCAUGCAUACCACCGGAAGAAGAAGGAAAACUUUUUUCAGCAAUUUUACAGAGAGUCAAGCAAGUAAUUUCAGAUUGUGCUAAUGAAAUGAAAUGCGCUUGUCCAGCAGGCAUGCCCAAUAAUGGUAGUUGGAACAGAGCUUACGGGCUGUUACAAGAAUAUUUAAAAAUUAAAAUUAAACGUGUUCAAUGCCUUUGUAUUUUAGACGAUAAUAAAGAAGUUGUUUUACCAGAUAUUUUAGAUAAAGUUUGCACCUUGAUAGAAAAUGAUUUUCAACGUUUGAAAGAUAUUUGUAAAUGUCAAAAUAAUACUGACAUACAUAAAAAAACCGUACGCAUUGAAGAUGUUUUGACUAAGGAAUUUCCAGAAAAAGAUACUAAUAUUGAACAAAUAAUGUAUGAUAAAGAAAUUCAAAACUGCUACGUGGUUCCAAAAGUAUCAAAACAGAAUUCAAACAAGUCUAUGAUACUUACAGAAGAUACAUCUUUCCAAGUGCUUCCUUAUUUCGGAAUGGAAGCUAAAUCGUGUGACGCAAUGGAAAUGUACUGUAAAAACGCACAAACUACGGAAACGGACUAUAUCGAUACCGAUACAAAAUCUAAUGGAGUUAUAUUUAAUACAUGUGACUGUUGCUACAAUACAGGUCAUGUGGACUUUCUUAAACAUCCAGACGGGUUUGGAAAUAAAGAAGUUUUGGUUAAUCGACAAGCGGAUGAAAUGGUUGAAACGCAUGAUAUAGCGCAAGUUGACGUAGACCAGGGACUGUCAAAAGCGCUUGUCACGGGCAAAAUAAACAGCACAAAACCAAUACCACAUUUAGAACGUAGAGAUACGAAUGAAAAUGAGAAUAAACAUACAGUACUAGACGAAAACGUAGAAGCUCCUCGUCCAUCUUAUAUUGGCUAUACAGUGGAUUGUUGUUGUGAUGGCUACCUAGGAUCAUGUGUCUGUAUGAAAUCCGUCGUAAAUGCAAAUCAUGACAAAAUUGAUAGUCUUUGGAAAGGUUUCCUAGAUAUUAAGACCAAUGACCAAAACUAUUCCUAUAUAAUGAACGGUACCCAAAAGAAAUGUAAUGAUACUGGUGUUAAUUGUCCCCCAAUCAAAAACGUUGAAACAAGGGUAGAACUGAAUUCGUCAGAACUAAAUUAUAAAAUAACCACACGUGACACUGAAGUAAAUGCAAAAGCUGGAGAUGGUAUGGUUUUGAAAUAUUCGAAUGACAACCUUGACUCUGUUAACGCUACAGCUAAUACUUUUGACGAAAAUAUGAGCUUAGGAACUGUCUGCUCUUAUAAUGAAAAUGUACUGGAAUGGUAUGAAUACCCCGCACCCAUGACAUCAGCAAGAUCAAAUGCCGCUAAGCUUGCGAAUUCUAUUUACUACCCGGGACAGCCCAUUGACAGUUUUAAGUAUGGUCCGCUAAAUGUAAUCGAUACUCUUAACCCACGUCAAACUUGUGAUUGUGAUUGUGAUAAGGUUCCCAUUUGCCACGUCAAAAUGUUGGUGGAGAAUAUUGAGAAAAACCUAAUGGAAUCCAAAUGCACUUGUGACUCUUUGAUAUCAAAAGCAUGCCCAGUGCAUUCCAAAAAAUAUUAA